ACUUGGAUCCAUCGUAGUCUGGAUGUUGUGUGGAAUACCAUCUAUGUAGCAGUAUGGUAUGUGACGGCCGAUUUGGUCCUACUCAGUCAGUAUAUAGCUUAUAGAUAUCAGAAAAGAAGAUUAGCUUUAGAUGUGAAGAACAAGAAUAUACAAGCGGUGCUGUGUUUAGGUGGAUUAUUUCUCAUGGGAAGUCUGAAAUCAUUACAGCAGUUAUCUCCCCUUGACAAUAGUUUUUCAGUCCAUCAUCCUAGUGGUAGGAAUCUUUUGAUGACCCCACAAGUUGGUCAUAUACAUAUGUUUAAGAAUAAUGUCGAGUUAACAGGAUAUAUUAUAGGAGCAAUCUCAGCUGUAUUCUACAUCGGUUCUAGAUUAUCUCAAAUAUAUACAAACUAUUCUAGAAGUUCUACAGAAGGUUUAGCUAAGAUCAUGUUCUGGUUAGCUGUAUUAGGUAAUCUUCUCUAUGGUCUAGCGAUCAUUGUGAGAGAUAUAGAUGCUGUGUUUAUCCUUCAACAUCUGCCAUGGAUUAUUGGUAGUCUCGGAGUUAUCUUCCUUGAUGUAACAUUAUUAUGUCAAUUUUAUUAUUAUGAACGGAGAAAUUUUAACAGUUUAUCUCGACAACCUUUACUACCCGAAGAAAGUUCCAGUAGUCCCAUUUACGUUGAUUCCGGAUGAUCUGACCUCAACAUGAAAAGCAGGAGAACAACCAUCCACUAGACAUACAGCCAGAUACACAUCUCUUGCCUUUCUGAAAAUAUUAUAGUUAAAAUAGAUUAAAGGAGAGGGAAGGUCACUCUUGCAUCAACAACAAAACUUGGGAUCUAAAGGGCAUUUAUUACACUUUGACUUACUUACAUCUGCAUUUGAUUUACAAUGUCUUGUAAUAUUUUACACUGUCUUUUAAAUUAAUAUUUUUGUCCAAAGAAUUUUCCAAAUUUUGCCUACAUAUAUUAACCGAUAUGGAUAACUGACCUCAAUUCAAGUGCAGCAAUAUAUGUUUAAUUGAGUUAUCUCCCUUUAUUUUAUGGCACUUUUCCACAUUCAUGGGCUAAAUCUAUUUGUUAAGGCCAGCUCAAUUUUCGUCAAGGUCGCUGAGAUGUAAUAAAAAAGGUUAGGACACGUGAUUGUUGGCGAGAUUGUAGGUUAGGUUUAAGAAUUUAGGGGAGAGGUUAAGUCUCAACCUAAACACUGACCUAGGGUUGGGCUUAGCGCUAGCCCUGUUUACAUCUCGUGACCUUUGAUCAAACUUGAAGUUGGCCUAAUUAAAUAGAUCUAACCACUUUGACGCCCUUUCAAUUCAAUUUGUGUAUACCAGUAUAUUUUAUUUUGAUAUAUCACCACUGUCCAAAAUAUACAUGGCAGCUAUAAUAUUUUAGAGGCACAAUAUUCAAAUUGGAAGGGCAAAAAAUAUACUUUCAGUCUUAACCAAAAAUCUAUUGGUCCAAAAAAUCAAUCAAUCAUAGUUAUGGCCAUAUAAAGUUCUCAUUACUUUUCUGUUGAAUUUGUAUCGCCAUCUUUAUUGUCUUAAGACACAACUGAAAAAUACUUUAUUUCUAGUCAUGAACAUCAAGGACAAGAUGGUAUUUGAGCUAUAUUUUUUGUACUAUUCAUCUAUCUAAGCUACUAUGUAAGUUACACUUGUGUUGUCAAAAUUAAAGAUACAUUUAACAUUAUGUAAGAUUUAGAUAAAGAGCUGACUGUUCUUGCUACAAUAGUUCAAAAAUAGGAAAUAACAAUGAAUAUUGAAAAUUUCAGUCAAAUUUCUUUAUUCUGAGCGAAGUUAUGACUGUUAGAAGAUUUGACGGUCUUUUUCCGAGAAUGGACAUCAUAUUAUUAUUUAAUGAUGAAAUAGCGGACAUUGUCAAAUCAGUAUCUUAACCAUCCGAUGGUCUAGUUGAGUAUGGGCUUGUCGUAUGAAAAAUGUCUAAUAAUUUAUAGAACAUUUGAAACCAAAAGAAAGACCAGCAGCAGACAGAUUUAGCUCUUACAUAGUGUAUCUUUAAUUUAUAUAACAUUUGAAACCAAAACAAAAACCUGCCAUUGAUGUAGAUGAAUCUGAAUAUCCAUGAAAAUCACUAGCACCGAUUUCACAAAAUAUUCUCAGAGUUAAAUUAAGAAUUUACUCAACUUUCAUUAACUGUUUAUGAGAAAUAUCUUUGAUCCAGAAAAAUCUUAUUGAUGUAUUUGAUACAUUAAAACAACCAAAGUUUUAUAAAGGGCUAUAUUUUAGUUAGAAUAAGGCAAACAAUUUUGAGUAAAUCCUUAACUUAAACAUACAUUAUGCAAGAGCUAAAUCUGCCUAUUGCAGGUCUUUCUUUAGGCAUGAAAUGUUAUAUAAACUAUUAAUUAGACAUUUAUUAACAAAAGAAGACCAUAAUCAACUCUCGAUGGCAUCGUAUACACAAGAUUUUAACUAGAUUGAAAUGGUUUGACAUUUAAAAAUUUAAUUUAAAAAUGGGAAAGUGAGGCUAAGUCCUGAUUAUACCAGUGCCCUGGUUACCACUGUGCACACAUCUUGUCAAAACUACAAACAAUGAGAAUGAAGUAAUUUGAAUGAAAUUUUCAAUAUUUUCUUGUUUUAUCAUCUAUUUUUGAAUUAUUAUAGCAAGUAUGACCAACUCUUUAUUAAACUCUUAACUAAUGUAUCUAUAAGUCUGAGAAUGCUUUGUGAACUGGGCCAGAUUUUUUGGCUCACCUAGUUUUUCAUGAAGAGUUGAGUAAAGUAAAAACAUGUGUAUGUUGGACCUUUGUCCAUCUGUUUAUUUCGGUCUGAUUUCAUUUUAGAAAUUUUUUUUUAUCAGUUUUUAUUAUUUAUACUUCCUCGUUUAUUUCUAUAAUUUUAGGACAAACUAUUUUAAAGUUUCUAUCACAUCGAUUACAAAUCAAAAUUUUCUCUGAACAAGUGAAUGUUUUUUUAAUGUGCACUCCAAUGUGUAUAUAGACCGAGAGCCCAGAGGGGUCAACCUAGCUAAAAAGUGUACCAAUUUUCUCCUAUAUGGU